AUGAAGACUCAGUCAAUUUCCGCCCUCGUCCUGGCGACUGCUACCUUUACCCUCGCUGCACCCAGCCCUAUGAUACCCGUCCUAGAGCCAUUGCAGCUUACAGGGCUCAACGCAGGCAUCUAUAGCACAAGCCCCCCAACAACCUGUCUGCUCUCUUUUGCUGUCAAAGACCCAAAUACAAACAUAGAAACCACAUGCUCUGGUUAUUGGUCAAUUGGCAUGGCUGGAAAUAAGACUUAUGACUGCUCCAACAAGUCCUAUCAGCUUCAUCUCCCAAAUGGAAUCUACGACAUUGAAAAGUUCGAUUUGGGUGUCUCCCGCGCAGAUGGCUCUCACUCUGGGCGAUCAGUUGUCACUGGUGACUCGUGGAAAUGUGAGAAGCAGGAGUAUCCUAAGGCUCAGUGCAAGUGGGAUGGUAUCUUCAGUCUCGAUCUGACUCCAUCUACUUGA